CCAGUGUCCACAUCACGUUCAUCGUUACUCAUCAUGCACGAUCUUUGAGUCGCAAACAUUAGAUAUAAUAGCCUCCAGUCUACCCUUGUCUUUCUGUUUGGACUCAAAAUCUUGAUUCUGCAGAUCUGCUAUCCCGUUCAGCUUCCAGAAGCGGUCACAAGCUAUCGACGUUAAGAUGCAACCACCAAUCCGGAUUGCCAUUCUCGAAUGUGACACACCUCUGGAAAAGACAAAAGCAAAGUACGGUGGAUAUGGAGGAGUGUUUAAAACCCUUAUGGUCGGUGGUGCCAAAUUGCGAGGACUUGAUCCCGAAAGAGACUUGGAGAUGACAUCUUGGCCUGUCGAGAAAGAGCUGCAGUAUCCCGAACUGGAAGACAUUGAUGCGAUCAUGCUAACUGGAUCCCGAUACAAUGCUUUCGACAACACUCCAUGGAUAACUUCGAUAGUCUCAUAUCUUCGUCGAGUCCUCGAACAAGACAGAGUCCGUAUAAUCGGAGUAUGUUUCGGGCAUCAAUUGGUUGCCCGAGCACUUGGGACUCCGAUUGGCAGAAGUGACAUUGGAUGGGAGGUCUCCGUGUGUCCAGUCGAACUCUCGCCCGAAGGACAGCGUAUUUUUGGCUUGUCAAACCUAAAAAUCUUCCAGAUGCAUCGAGACGUGGUCCAAGAGGUUCCCAAAGGGAUGACUUUGUUGGGUAGCAGCGCCAGGUGCGAUGUUCAAGGAUUUUAUCAAAAGAACCGAGUGAUUACGGUGCAGGGGCAUCCGGAAUUCAGCAAAGAGAUUGUAUCAGAGCUUCUGUACGCGAGGCAUGAAUCCGGGAUCUUUGACGACGACGAAUAUCAAGACGCAAUGCAAAGAGUCGGAGAUCAGCAUGAUGGAGUCAAGAUAGCUGCUGCAUUUGUUUCAUUCCUGCUCGAGGAAUAGAGCUUUCAGUGGAUAGAACCAAUUCUUAUUUCUCAGUAGUAGAGUCUAGUGCAGCUAAGUACCGUACAUUAUAUUCAGGCAACUGACAGGCAUUUUACAGACAGUUGAUAUUGCGGGGCCUGACAUAUCCUGCUUACCCGAUGAUAGAAGGGAACAUAUUUUGUCGCAUAUUCCUGUUAUAUGAUGAUGACCUUUGUCCCUCUUCCGCUAGACUCUGGGUUUAGCACCUCUUCAUACCAAUUGUGCCACAAUGAUUGAGCUGACAUUGUUCAGCAAUACGUUCAUAGAUAGC